AUUUUAAUUUUAUCUUUUCUUUUAUUUUUUUUUAGUUCGUUAAGUAAUAAAAAAAUAAAAUAAUUAAAUUUUAAUUUACCUUGAAUUAUUAAUUUUAGGAAUUCUCCAUAACCUAUUAUCGCGUCUCUAAUUUUUUGUAAAUCAAAAUUCCCUAGAGAUGUCUUUGUGAAAAAUAUCAUCUUUCCUUUUUCACAAAAAAUUGCAACCAGACGAUUUUUAUAUAAAAAAAAAUUAAAAUACAUUUUCAAAUGGACGAUAGUUCGGACGAUAAUGAAUCCAAUUCCAUUCUCAAAAAGCAAAGUGUAUCAUCUCGUGCUGCUCACGUUAAACGAAGACGCAAUUUAUCCGCAGAAUCAGCGGAGACUAGAUUAGGACACCAAAAUCCCCGUCACGACAAAGGCUGUAAUUCUCGCUUGGUCAUAGAUGAGGAUAACGAUAAAUCAUCAGUAACCAGCGAUGACAGCGAAGAUGACGACAUUAUCGCCGGUAAACAACCCACCAAGACGAAAUCAAAGAAACUCCCGUUAACAGUCAACGAUCCUCUUGUCGGUAACAAAUACUCCCCGAAACAGAAAAACGUUUCUAAUAUGCCCAAUCACGAGAACAGAAGCAGUGGUGGUAAUAGAGUCAAUAACAAAUCCCUCGAUAAAAAUGGCGGAUCUGGCAAGAAAGGUAACGGCCGUUCUUCUUGGGAUUGCACCAUAUGCACCUUCAAGAAUGCCAACAACACCUUCACUUGUCAAAUGUGCGAUACACGAAAAGGAACUUCUACACGAAAACCUCGGUUAAGUACGCAAACAUUAGCUCAACAGGUCUCGGCUGCGAAAAGCGUCAAUCCUAUUACUUCCGCUCUCGAUUCUUCCGGGAAAGUUUCUUCGCCCUCAGACCUCGGCAAACGCGUGGAUUUCGGUGCUAUCGACAAAUCUCCUCGUUCUCCCGCUAUCGACAAAAAAACCAACGAGGAAUCAAAAAUGGGGCCUAACACUUCUGACGCAGUUAUCGAAACUUCGGGCGGAAUCGUUUUACCCGGCUGCCCCUCAUCUCAAAUCAAAGAGAAGGUCAAACCUAAAAAGGUUGAUCGCGCUGAUAACUUGGUCCACAAGGUAGGAGGGCAGAAGGAGGAGAAAAUUAUCGGUAAAAGAAAGUUGUCCGAUAACUUCCAUCAUUCUUCACCUUUAAUUAUUCCUGUCACUACCGCCGACAAAUCCAUUAAAUCUCCUCCCACGAAAAAAAAGGACAAAAAGAAACCGGCGUCUACACCGGAUAGCGCGCUAAAACCCGCCCAGAAAAACUGCAAAAAAGUUGCCGUUAAAACAGCACCUAGCCCUGCUGAUAUAAACAAUAAUAAUUUAAUCAUAAAUAUCGACAAUAAUACUACGGGAAAAACUAAAUUCCCAGCCAAAAAACGCCCUAAAUCUGAACCCAAUACCAAUUCGAUACCCAUUCCGAAAGAUGACAAAAAUUUCGCCGCGGCAACGAAAAAGGAUAAAGAGCCCAUUCUAUCGUCCACCGUUAACUGCGACGAUUUUGGCGGCGUCGGUAUUAGCAACGAUAACGCGGCAAGCGUUAAAAAAAGGAAAGGUCGAAAGCCCGGCUCUUGCAACAAGAAGAAAGUUGCCGCCAAUUCUUUGCUGCUCUUAGCCACAUCCGGUCACCUUAUGAUGGGGCCGAAUCAUAGCCAUAACUCUUCGACAUCCACCGAUAAUAUAUGUGCAAACCCUGCCCUUCGUGAUGAUAUUUUUCGGUCGGAUAAUUAUUGCAAAGAGGAACCAAAGAUAGAAGAAAAAUCUCAAUCUCAACAUCCACAACAAUCUUCGAAAGUUGGCAUUGUAACGCCUUUCAUUAGAAAUGAACACUCCACUAAAUCAUCCACGAUUCAUCAUUCCAAAAAACACCGUAUUAUAUCAGGCCAAAGUGCCAUCAACAUUAAUAAACCGCCAGACCUUAAGGAUGUCAAUAAUUUUGAUCCGCAACCUGGUAACAACCCGCACCCUAAUUAUUUCCCAACUACCCCACCCGUUAUCCUAGAUCUGGGGGCUUACGAUGAAAAUAAGGCCAAAUCGCCCCAUUCCUUCCUAGCCAAGCUCAUGAUGACGUCAUCCGCUAACAGGGAUACUUCCUCGCACGCCACCCUCGUUUCUUCUCCUCAAGUGCCGAUCGCUUCCAACCAUUUCGACCGUUUUAUAAAUUCUUGGAAAAAAUUGGUAACCAAAAACGAAGAAAUCCAACGUUCCUCCAAUGGCAAUAACUCCGAUAAUUCGCAUUGCGCCAUUGGUGACGAAAGGAGCGUCGAUUUGACUGCCGGCCAUGCCAGUAACCACGCGAAAACCCUCCAGCACCUCAAAUAUCUCGAAGACCAUGAUCCGAAAUACCCCUGCGUUAAUAAUAUUAACCUCCCCUACUCUCCAGAUUCCUUUGCGUACCCGAAUAAAAAAACGAAUAACGUCGUUUCCGUUAAUCGCGAUAGAACGCGGCACACUCCCGCCGUUGUCAAGGGGACCACAGAUUUUUCCUCCUUUUUACAACUUUUAUAGGCCCACCUUUAACGUGUACAACAUUAAUCUCAUGUCCAAUAACAAGCAGCAUAACCUUCACAUGAACAACGCUAUGCGGUCCUUCGAAGACUAUUUUCGGAACAAGCCACCUUUCUAUUACCCUCCCUCUUUUUUU